GUCAGUAUCCGCCCCUUGGACCCCACACGCAGCGUCAGUCAAUUAAAAGCUUGCGGGUCCCCUGCAUCACCUUCUUUCCCUCUACCACUCCCCACACCAAAACCAUGAACAACCACGAAACGAUAUCCAUCUCUCGCGCCACCUCCAUCUCCCGCGCUAGCAAACAGGGCUCGACCCUCUCGCGCAACCAGUCGCUCAUCAAGAAGAACACGGCCCCGCACGACCUGCGUCCGUCCGAUAUCCUCAUUGAGCGCUUCGUCGCGUGGAAGGCCAUCGUCAAGCAGCUCAUAGCCUACUUCGAGGGCGUCGCGGAUGUGCACAACGCCAGUGCGAAGGAGUUGACCAAGCUCGGGGCUGUGAUCCAGGUCCCGUUCAGGGCGGGGAACCAGUUCUUGGGCGAGGGCGGACUGCAGGACAUCUACUAUGACAUCCGAGACAAGACGCGCGCAGUUGCAGACCAGCACGCGAACCUCGGUCGUACAAUCGACAGUUCGAUCGUGCAGCACUUGCAGAAGCUGCGGACGGAGAUCAAGGCGCAUAUCAAGAACGUUCAGAACGAUACGGGCAAAUUAGCUACCAACGUCGCUAAGGAACGCGAGCUGUCUGAGCGUCUCAUCUCAGAGCUUUCCUCUGGAAUCUCUUCGUUCAAGAACACCCCCAUGUCUGUUACCAACCGAACCGACCCAUACGUCAUCAACACUGCCGUCCAACGUCAACUCACGAAACAAGUCCAUGAAGAGAAUCUCCUGCAGAAGUCGAUCAUCAUUAUGCAGCAAAAUAGCGCGCACUUCGAAGAAGGCAUCGUGAGGGCGAUCCAAUCAGCAUGGCAGACAUACGAUGAGUGGCAGGCCCGCAUGAGCCAGACCGUCUCCACCAUCCACACAGAGCUCACCACCCACAUGUCAUCCCUCGCCCCAGACCGUGAAUGGCUCGCAUUCAGCGGCCGCUCGGACCACCUUCUCGACCCGGACACUCCGCUGCGGAACCCGCUCACGAUCAACUACCCAAGCAAGGAGGACACGAGCGUGCAAGCCGUGCACACCGGAAUGCUCGAGCGCAAGAAGCGUUUCACCAGAACGUACCGCGAGCACUAUUUCGUGCUUACGCCUGCCGGAUUCCUACAUGAAUACGCCAGCGCAGACCCGCUUGUCGCGCGCGAGCCGGUGUUCAGCCUGUUCCUGCCCAUGUGCACGCUCGGGCCGCCGAGCAACGCCAGCGCCAAAUCGCACAAGUUCCAUAUCGAGGGCAGGAAGGACGGCAGCGGGACGACGAAGAGCGGGAGCGUGCGCCGGUCGCUGAGUAUCACUCGGCUGUCGGGCGGCGACCAUGCAUGGAGUUUCCGUUCGAGAAGCCGCGAGGAUAUGAUGGAAUGGUGGAACGACAUCCGAAUGCUCUGUGCGCGGUACCUCGUCGCGAGCGAGCAGAUGGAGCGGAGCGGGCCGGUUGCGGCUGCUGUGCGGUCGGCUGGGUACAUCAGCGAUGAGGAAGAUUCUGAGGAAGGAAGCAGCAUCGACGAGGAAGACGACGACGACGAGUUGGAGUAUGUCGACGUGCACGAAGAGAUGGGUCCGCCGAGUUACUCUAACGGACCGCAUGCGUUGGAGAUGGGCGCAAAUGGGUACCCGGUCGACAAGAAGGGUCAUUCGCGCAAUCCAUCCGCUGCGGAUGGCGGUGCCAAUGUCUCCCGCCGACCGAGCAAGCGGCAGCAGGAAAAGGCACCGGAAGGCCGGCCCCCGCACGCAGCCGAGGAGCCAACCGCUGUGCCGGAGCCGCCAGUCGAUGACGCUGCCGCUGCGCCCCCCGUGGAGAGUCGGUUCCAUGAAGACGUCUAGAUCCAGCGCCGUGUUCCCGGACGUUUACUUCUACUGUAUUUGUACGACCUCUGUUCUUAGGAUUGGUUCUGAAUGAUUGAUUCAUCAUGGAUAUCUGCAUUGACGGGGAAUACGAUGUUACAGACUUCUCCAACGCUUGACAACGACUUGUUGAAUGCAGGGACCUGUUUGGAUCGAGCCAACAGUUCUUCCUACGAAUAGACCUGGGUGAUCAAGAUAGUAAGGCGAAGUAAAUGAUGCGCGCAGCAGCAAGCAACAAAUGAGAGUUGUCCUCUCAUCAGAAUGAGUUGGUCACUAAUACCUCCCCGUGGUGAUCAGAGAUGAGUGUUGCCCGUGCCUCGAGGGCAACCCAGUGCGAGAGGCUGCGCCUAGUCCCACAUGGUGGGGCGCAUGAGUGCAAUAAAGCGCAUACAUGUGUGCCGGCGACGCGCCAGCACUAACUUCUCGAUCGCUCCUGAAUGGGUUGGAGAGCCUGUGCUUACGGGUACAGCGGAGAGCGUGAUAGAUGGCAGGGACACAGCGGAUUGGACCCAGACUUGGCUAGACGAGGGGCACAAAGACGGGGUCGGACUGGUCGGCACUCGUGUGCUGUAAUGACAGUGGGCACAUGGCUGGUAAUCCAGCCUGGGGGAUGCCAUUCGCGACGUUCUGAGCGAGCUGCGUGGUAAGCCGGCCCCAAUCCAGUUCUACAAGUGACGUGGACAUCGUUCCAUAGGUUGGGCCUGGCGUAUGGUAUGAUUCUCGAAACAUGACACUCGGCGGAUAUGGAGCACGGUAUGGGUCAGACACGUGGAAAGGAGGCACAGCAGAGGGGGAAUGAGCGGCUCUAGUAGCUCGUCUCUCAUUGCCUCGUUUUGGCUCUCCCGUGCCAAGACCUGUUCAGCGUAGUGACCCGUGAAGCGGAGACCGUGCGGGUAUAUCUGCGCCUGAAAUAAGCCUCAAUCGUGCGGGCUUCCCGGUUGAUCUGAUCUUGGAACACGUCCAACAACUCCUUGCAUGCGAUUACUAGAUUCCAUGUCGUGGACUGGGCCAGCGUUGCUGUAAUGCUUUCGCCAUUAUUGAUUUCGCACGCUCAACGGAGAAGAAGAGAUACCAACGUGACCGUCACAAUCGCCGCCAGUCUCCCCAUCACGUCAAAUUAUACGUCAGAACACCCUUCUUCUGCUUCCUAUCAAGCGGGGAACUUGCUGUGGACCUCAUAUCUUUACUGAAGACAGAUUGCUGGGGGCCAGCUACUCAGUUAUCUAUAGCGCACGGAAUCCAGCCGGGAAGUGACAAUCAUCGCUGCUUCUUAGAUAUCGGCCCUUGGUCGGGCCCAUCCUGCCCUGGUGCUCGAAUCAAAGAAUCCGUCACCGGACGUGUGGUGACUAGUGCAACCGGAGCUUCUCUGGGGCAUAAGACCGCCUGACACACACACCAACUCUCGCCUUUCUUCUGCCCGCCCAGCUCGCCCGUUUUUCGCUGUGAACGUCCGAAGCGUCUCCACCCCGGAAUCCGAUUCACUAUGGCGAUCGAUCUGAGUCAUACGGUCAACGCUGACCAGUCGACGUUCCUGGGCUUUGGGCUGGAGGGGAUAUUUUACGGUGCGUAGGUCUGGCACAAUUCUCCGUUGUUGUCGCUGAGGACGGAUGGGUGUGUGGGGCAGGUGUCCACCUCUUGCUCCUGGGCACCGCGCUGGUCCUCUUCGUUCGCCGCAAGUCUCUCAAGAACAGCUCCGUCGCGCCCAUCCUUGCGGCGACCCUCAUCCUCUUCUGCCUCUGCACACUGCAUUUCGCCCUCAACUUUAACAACGUGUAUGUCUCCUUGAUGGUCCAUGUCCGACCGCACAUUGCCGGCGAGACGCCUUUGCUUCUUGCGGCGGACACGUCGUUCCUCCUCGCCGAUUUCUUCGGACAGCUCGUGCUAAUUUACCGCUGCUAUCUGGUCUGGGGCCGCAACGUUUGGGCCGUCAUUCUGCCUAUCCUGCUUGCGCUGGGGUCCGUAUCAUGCGGCAUGGCGGUGACCGGGAUCGUACAACAAACCAGCCCGACGAGCAACCAGGUCCCAGUGGCGCUCAUCCCCAUGGGCGACGCGACUUUCUCGCUCUCGAUCAUCUGCAACUUCAUCACCACGGGCCUCAUCGUCGGCCGGCUGUGGAUCCUCUCGCGGGGGAUGGAUGCUGCGCUGAUUAACGGCAAGGCGCAGUCGCUCGCUCAGAAGGCCAUCGGCAUCAUCAUCGAGUCGGGUCUGCUCUUCUUCCUCACGCAGUUUGUGUUCAUCGUGCUGUUCGCACUGGCGCAUCCCGCGCAGGCGAUCAUCGAGCCCAUCGCGUGUCAGGUUUACGCGAUAUCACCUCUGCUCAUCUUGGUGCGCGUCGGCAUGGGCAUGUCGUACGAGCAGUCCACCUUCGAGACGACGGACCACGGCCGUGCCACGCACUCGCAUACAAACACACACUCGACGAGUCUCCAUUUCUCCGGCGCGAGGAUGGGGGGCAGCGCAUCCAAGAUGGAUGGGAGCACGGCGGAUUACGAAAUGGGUGCGUACGAGGAGCAGUCGAAGGAGAUCCCGUCUGUGGUGGAGGUUUGAGCUGUACUUAUAUCAUCAAAAUCUAUCGGAACAAGAUACCACUGUGUUAUAGCGAUCCAUUCUUUUCUUCUGGAUUGCCUGCGCUCUGGUUUGCAAAUAGCAACGUCGGCCAAGGCGGCUGUUCACCGCCCUCCAAUUCAGGCUUAUUGCCUUUUUGGGAGGAGACCCUGAUGAUCCAUUCGCCCAGAGACCAGGGUCAGCUGUUUUGUGCGUCCAGUGCCACGGGCGGCAAACACUCGUACAUCUGAGCUUCACCCUCAUUCUCGCUUUGCCACUGUUUCUGUCGUCCACAAAAUGACGCAGCGUCCAAGGACAUCUGCAAACCUGGCCCCUGUGCUCUACCACCACCGAUACAUAAUAUUGACGCGCUCGUCCUAAUUUCUAUGCGCAGUACAACGAUACACGAAUCAGAAUGCUCAUGCGAAUAGACGUGGAUGUUAGGAUGUGGACUGCGGGUGCAGCUGCUUCAAGUAACCCUUCCCUCUGCGUCUCCGACACCCACUGGAUCGACGGGAAACGUUGAUCCCCCGGCCGCGAUAACUGGCUGGCGACUGGCUUCAGGAUACUAUAUAUCCCGACGAUCUUCCCCGGGUCUCCACUGACGGCUGGACUCCCUCUCACUCAGUUUUGUCCGGCUUUGGGUGUUCCCGCGUGGUUAUCCCUCAUUAAUCCUGUAUGCAUGGGACUCAAAGCAAAUCGGAUCUUUCUUCUGCAUGAUAUAUUGAACCACGUCGUUCACUCUGAUUUGUCUUGAGCCCUCGACAUCGUAUUUCGCCCUCAGACACCCAAACCGUUCAUUCUAGACCCACUGCUUACACGAUCCGAAUGAGUGAUGCGGGAAUCCCAGCGGUAUUUGGGUGAAUGCCUAUGGAUGCUCACCGACGUCUCCGCUGAUCGGCCCGAAUGUCCGACGCUGGAUCACAUGGGGACUCUCGUCACCUGGAUGACCAUUCACAAGGGAACUGCCGGUGCUAGGACGAUCUUGAGCUAAGCAACUCCAACAUAUCGCUGCGGAGCAAACGAAGUAUAACAUUCUCCGCUGUUGCUCCAGUAGCCAACGUGUUGAGGCUGGCCUUCGGCCUGCUCCGAAUGAUGGAGACCCGACGUUUUCAAACAAGCAAAUUAGAGCAGGGGUCCACCCGGGAAGCGCCAUUCGAUACGAGCCUAUCUCCUUUAUGCGAUUGAUUCGUGAACAAGUCGAAUAAAGUUUGAGCUUCUUUUGCUGGGGCGCGGGUAUCAUCCACGGCUGCGUUUUCAUGUUCUUGAGCUGCUCAGUGCUUCGACAAGAGAAGUUUCAUUCGUUGCCUAUGAGUCGAAACCGGAAAACUAAGACAAGUAACUCGAUUGCUGAUGUUGGAAUACGGAGUUGAGUCAUGAAUGCCCGCAGCAUGAUUAUUCUCACACCCACGGUUCGAUCGAACACCACGUUGUCGCCAAUGGCUGCUUCGACUGCUCGCGCGUCUGACUCGACCCCUGAGUGCCAGUUAUAGACGCAAGACUUCCGAAGAGGAAAAGAAGAAAUCACACGAGCCACCGAUCUCCACUCGUCAGACGGAGAACACUCGAUCUAUCCCACACCGCGUCUGAUUCGAUUGUCAGCGGCUCCGAUGAACAUCGACGUAAAAGCCGCAUCGAAUUAACAAACCGAAAGUCUCGUAACCCACGAAACAAUACGCGUCGUUGCAGCCCUUCCCCUCGCUUUUUGUACUGCGCCCAUGCCUGACUUGUCCUCGUUCAAGACGAGGCGCUCCGCUCGCAAGCUCGGACGCCUUUCGCCCUCUCGCAGCGCAGGCAUCUCCGAAGAGAGGGACCAGCCCCUCCCAAAGACACGGAUCCGCAACUCGUUCGCCAAGACGGACUACUCGCGCACGACGCGCGACGAGAUCCAUUCGCCCAUCUCCCAUAUCGAGGCGAGUGUCUGCUGCUUCGUUCUAGGAUCCGAAUGGCUGAUACACGCGCGUCCCAGUCCCAAGAUCUGUACGCGCGCAGCUCCUACCACGACCACAGACUCAGCGUGGCGAGCGAGCCUGACGACGCAGACAGCCAACACGCCGGCACCGGCGCGAUCUGCAUCCGCUUGCGCGUCGAGUCGGGCCAGGAAUCUGUGCCGCUGCGACAGGGAUUAUGGGUACGUCCUGUGUUGUCGUUGGAUGGUCGCAAGCUGACGGGCGUGACGCGUGCAGCAACGCGUUGUGUCGGUGUUGCAUCUUUGCACGCGUGCCUCAUCCGGGUCGGGGCACGGGGAAGAGAUAGCGAAUAACGUCUGGGUGCACAAGGAAGCGUAGUUGCGAGGCGAGGCGAGGCGUGCGAACGAUGUCAGUGGAAAACUAGCGAGUGAGGGAGGAGAGAACGGGGUGAAUUGGACGAUGUACUGCGUAUCCGUGUAACUGUAGAAUAAGUACGAGCAUAAUAGUCAAAGCAGCUGGAUGAAAAACGUCUGCAGUAAACUGAAGUCCACCCACGCCCAACAUGGGGGACGGCAACGCACCGAAUCCUGCCCCUGACAACAAAUGCGUCUGCCGCGCCCACCAUGUGGUAAUGGGCCCCGAGUUUGUUUCCGGCUGUUCCCGUUUCCCGGGAAGAAUCGAGAACAGGGAGAAGAUCGAAUAGAGACUUUGCUGGUGCACGAGCUGCAAGGGCAUCGCGAUGGGACGAGGAGAGAAAUGCGAGAGUGGCGGUUGAUGCGAUCAUCUGCCAUCACUUUCUCUGCGGACGUGCCGAUUUUCCAUCUGAUCCGUCAACAUGCCGUCUCUCAGUGCAAGAACUUGUUGCACAUGCGUGAACGUGCUAAUGAACGAUUCGCGGAAUGAAUACGUCGAGGCUCAUACGCCCACUGUGAAUAGCUGUCUGCGCUGCACCACACGAGGAUGAUUUUGAUCUACAGUAGCU